AUGCGUUCUAAUAGGCUCCCAUUCAUCAUAGGUGUAGCUGGUGGUACAGCUUCCGGAAAGUCUUUAGUAACUGAAAAAAUUAUGGAACGUCUCGCAGAUUUGCAGAGUAGAAAGAAACAAGUCAUAAUCAUUCCGCUCGAGUCUUUUUACAAAGAGCUGAGUGAAGAGAAUCGCUGUAAGGCACUGACAGGAGAAUUCGAUUUUGACCAUCCAUCCGCUUUCGAUUUUGAUUUACUAUUGAAAACAUUGGAGCAGCUUGAGAGGGGACAAGCAGUAGAUAUUCCCAAAUAUGAUUUCAUUGAAAGCAGAAGAAACGGGUCACUUCAUUUAGAACCUGCAGAUGUUAUAAUAGUUGAAGGAAUUUUGAUAUUCUACGACGAAUUGCUGCGAAACAAAUUCUCUAUGAAACUUUUCGUAGAUGCAGACGCUGAUAUCAGACUUGCUCGUAGAGUUAGAAGAGAUACUGUUGAAAGAAAACGGUCUCUUGCAAUCGUUCUGCAUUCUUAUACCAAGAGAGUAAAACCUGCUUUUGAAGAGUUUUGUCAACCUACUAAAAAGUGGGCUGAUGUUAUAAUUCCCAGAGGAGGGGAGAAUGAUAUAGCAAUCGAUUUGCUUGUUCAGCAUAUUCAGGAUUUGUUGAAAACUCCUCGUGGCAGUCCAGACAUCUCGAGUAAAAGAGGUUCAGCGGAAGAAAGCGAAGUAGUGAAGUCUCGUGGCAGACCUCACUAG